GUCAUAAGAACUGACAGACACCAAAUCCCUUGCAUUUUACAAAACGACAGUGCCGUUUUAAGCUUCAAAGGUAAUGAUUCCCAAGCUAAAAUAAGGUAAAGCAUUGAAGCUGAUGCUCCAAUGGCACCGGCGAAGAAGGGGAAGGCCAAAGCCAACUCGUCCGAUUCAAAUCAAUCAAAGACGUCGGCUCCAAAUACUGGAAACAAUUUUCCGUCGUGUAUUCGGUUCGUGCCUCCAUCCUCCGUCGCCAUCACCAUCCACGCUAAGCCCGGUGCCAAAUCCUCCUCCAUCACAGAUUUCAGUGAUGAAGCGUUAGGGGUGCAAAUAGACGCCCCUGCCAAGGACGGUGAAGCUAACGCCGCUCUCCUCGAUUAUAUUAGUUCUGUACUAGGUGUGAAAAGAAGACAGUUAUCUAUAGGUGCUGGUUCUAAAUCAAGAGACAAAGUGGUGAUUGUAGAGGAGGUAACUUUGAAAGGUGUUUUUGAUGCUUUAGAUAAAGUGUCAAAGGGCUAUUAAUGGGUAAAAGGAGAUGAGAGAUUUAAAUUCUAUCCAUCAACAGUAGAUCUGGUUUUGUUGGUCUCCUGAUACUUGAUGCUGCAUGACUGGCUGGAGUUUGCUUCAUCAGCCCUUGCUAAUUACUGAUAUACUCAAACUUUCGGUAUUGUU